AUGACGUUGAAAUUCAGAGCCGUCCAGUACUCUGGCAGUUGCGACCCGUUGCUCAUUAAAGAGGACCAAUUGGAUGUUUCCAAGGGCCCCGAUGGCUCCUUCCAGGUGGACCCAACAAAAGUGCUAGUGAAGAUUAAGUGUGCUGCGUUGAACCCUGUCGAUCUCGUUACAAAGAACACCACACCGCUUCCUCUCGCUUACAAGACGAAGGGAAUUGGAUAUGACUAUUCUGGUGUUGUGGUGGGGAUUGGUAAGGAGGCAGAGAAGAAGACUGGGGUGAAGAUUGGCAGCAAGGUCUGUGGUAUGUUCCAGGAGGUCUUGGGCCGAGGAACUUUGGCCGAGUACGCUCUUAUGGAUACGGCCACGUCGUCGGGAGCCAGUAUUCACGAGUUCCCUGAAGGUCUUACCUUCCAGGAGGCAGCAUCGUACCCUUUGGUUUUGGGCACUGCUGUGCUCAUGUUCUCCAAGAUCCAGAAGGCAAACAAGAAACGCAGAAUCCUUAUUUUGGGCUCGGGAACUACCGUUGGUAAGCUCUGUGUUCAGAUUGCUAAGAACGUACAUGGCUUCGAGGAUGUUGUAACCACGUGUUCGCCCAAGUCAGUAGACUUGGUGAAGCUGCUCGGUGGCAACACCUGGAUUGACUACACUGCAUGGGAUCUGAUUUUGGAUCCUGUGCUCGAGCUUGUGGGCAUGAAAGGCAAGUUUGAUGUUAUCUUUGAUUGCGCUGGCAACUCUGACUUGUUCCCUCAGAUUCAGAAUAUUUUGGUAGGAAAGAAGGAAGGCGGUACGUACGUUACCAUUUCGGGCGACUACAAGUACUCCUUUUCACUGCCAACUGUUUUGCAGCUCAUUUGGAACAACAUUGGUCUUCCAAAGAGAUUGGCUGAGAGCAAGGUGGGCUACUUGGACUAUACCUAUGCGUUUGUUGGUGUGAUCAAAUCUAUGUACCCAUGGCAGAAAGAAUGUCAGCAGUACCUUGGAGAGAAGAAGGUCAAACUCACUAUAGACAGCGUCUACCCAUUCGUGGAGUUUGAUCAGGCUUAUAAGAGGCUUGGCUCCAACCGAGCCAACGGUAAGGUUGUGGUGAAUGUUGAAGACGAUGUUUAG